AUGAACCGUCUGCUGAUCAUCUCUUGCCUCGCCCUGGGCGUGGCCGUGGCCAAGCCCGGCCAGCCGCGGCAGGCGGUGCCUUACGGCGCUGAGGUCGAUCCGGUGCCGUACGAAGAGGUGAUGCCGCUGACUCUGCAGCCGAGCCGCGCUGUGCAGGUCCUCAACGCCGGGAACUACCGCUUCACCACGCCCAACUUCCCCAACCAGUACCCGAACAACCUGUGGGUGGCUGUCACCGUGCAGGGUGCCGAGGGCCAGGCCGUCAGCAUCAGCUGCUCUCCCUUCAGUCUGGAGGCGUCCUUCUUCUGCUGGCGUGACUUCCUCUCCAUCAACAACGUGCGCUACUGCGGCUCUAACGACGUGCCUACCAUCACCGCGGCGCAGCUCGCCAUCGAGCUCAAGACCGACUCGUUCGGCACGUCCAGCGGCUUCCAGUGCACCCUCACCGUGCCCCAGGUGGGUGGAACCACCACCCAGGCCCCGGGCACCACCCAGGCUCCGGGCACCACCCAGGCUCCCUCGACCGGCGGCUGCCGCUGCGGACAGCGCCAGACCGUCCGCGUGGUCGGCGGCACCGAGGCGGCCAUCGGCGCCUUCCCGUGGCAGGCCGGCCUCGUCAGCCCCGGCGGCACCCGCACCUUCUGCGGUGGCAGCAUCAUCAACAACCGCUACGUGCUGACGGCGGCCCACUGCACGGCCGGCCAGACGGCCAGCGGCAUCCAGGUCCUGCUCGGCGACCACAACAUCGGCACGGCCGACGCCGGCGAGCAGCGCUACUCGGUCGUCCAGAUCAUCGACCACCCGCAGUACACGGACGCCUCGGGUAGCGGCUGGGACUUCUCGCUGCUCAAGCUGGACCGCGAGAUCACCUACAGCAGCACCAUCUCGCCCGUGUGCCUGGCCGAGGCCGGCCAGACGUACGCCGGCGCCACGGCCAUCGCCAGUGGCUUCGGCCGUCUGGGCGCCACCAGCCCGCAGGCCACCAGCCUGCAGCAGAUCACUCUGCCCGUCUGGUCGCAGUCCGACUGCAGACAGCGCUGGGGCACCACCAUCAACACCAGCAUGAUCUGCGCCGGCGGCAAGUCGACCGGCGGCGAGGGCGUCUGCAUGGGCGACAGCGGCGGCCCGCUGGUCACCGAGGUCUCGGGCAGCUUCCGUCUGAUCGGCGUCGUCUCGUUCGGCCAGCCGUGCGCCAUUGCCAACAGCCCGGACGUGUUCGCUCGCGUGUCGGAGGCGCUCACGUGGAUCCAGUCCAACACGGCCGACGCACAGUACUGCAGCGCCUAGACCACGAGUCGACCCGACCAGUCAUGCUGACUACAGACCGUGCUCGGCUAUUGUCCGUGUAUCGACAUACUGCCCGAUUAUGGACCAUCGAAUAUUUGCCGACUGUCAUGAAUUCGUUCCAGUUGUUAUGUGCGAUCCUCUGCCAAUUAUUUGCAUUCAAGAGUGUUCCUUUCCCCUGCUGGCGGUUUGAAGGAGGUUAAAACGUCACCGCCGAUGUCUGAUAAUGUCUGCAGUGAAGUAGUUAGCUGGUGCUUUGUACUGAGCAUAGUUACUGGCAAACCCCCUCUUCAUACGCUCUACUUCGCUUAUUUGUUGUUCAAUAAACUUUGACUUUUAAAU